AUGGCGACCCAACCACGCCUCAAUAUCCCGGUCGUCUACCGCGUACUGUUUCUCUACGUCGAGCCUUUCCUAGCCUUCGCUGGGUCCAUAAUGCUGCACUUCACCCCUUCGGAAUUUCUCAUCAAAAUUGCUCCGAAUGCGAGAUACACGCCGAACAAUCAAGUUGUUUACGACCAGGUUGCCGCAUUCUAUAUCCUCACCGUAUUCAAUCUGGCCGUCAUAUUGCGCAUCACAAACGACAUUCGGAUGUGGAGAGCUAUCCUGAUGGGCGUCUUACUCUGCGAUACAUUGCAUCUGAGUGCGAACUGGAGAGCUCUUGGCAGUGCAAUUUUCUGGGAUCCUCGAGCCUGGAGUGGCGACGACUGGGGAAACCUUGGCUUUCUUUGGGGACACGCACUGGCACGUAUUGCUUUCCUAGCAGGAGUUGGUAUUGAACUCGACGGGGCUGCCAAGAAGAGUGAUUAG